AUUUUCAGCAGAUUCAUAACACGACUACACGGGCCCCGGGCGGGAUUAAUCUAACCCCCUCUUUGGACGAUAACUCCUCCUUUAUAUUCCAGUACAGGUUUGUUCGAGUAUUGUGAAUGGCUGAAGGGAUUGUGUUUCGUAUUGGUUAGACGGACUUUGGUAUUACGUUUUGAUUCGUCGAUCCACAUUGCCCGGUGUCCGGGUAAAAUGGCGUCGGAAGAACACUGCUCGGUACCACCUCGAUGGCGGUCGAUAUCGCUAACCCACGUAGAGUUCCCUGCUGGUGAUCUGACUGGACAAUUGUUGGCCUACACCAGCCUGCUACCCAUAGUGAUCCUUGUGGGCUUUGUCACCCUCAUAGUGUUCAAGCGUGAACUGCACACGAUCUCCUUCUUCGGUGGGCUCGUACUGAAUGAAGGGCUGAACUGGCUGCUGAAGCAUAUUUUAAGGGAGCCCCGCCCAUGUGAAGGCGCUCACGCAACCCUGACCACUGAGUAUGGGAUGCCCUCCAGUCAUUCCCAGUUCAUCUGGUUUUUUGUUGUUUACUUCUUUCUUUUUCUUUAUUUAAGAAUGCAUCAAACGAACAAUGCUCGCUGUGUGGAGCUGCUGUGGAGACAUAUACUGUCCAUCACCUUGUUAGGUGUGGCCUUCUCCGUGUCAUACAGCAGGGUUUACCUGUUGUACCACACCUGGAGUCAGGUAUUCUACGGUGGAGUGACCGGUAGCACCAUCGGAGUAGUCUGGUUCUUCUUCACACAGGAGGUGCUGACACCGCUAUUCCCCAAGAUGGCAGCAUGGCCAAUAUCAGAGUUUUUUCUGGUGAGGGACACAAGCCUGAUCCCCAACAUCCUGUGGUUUGAGUACACGGUGACUAGAUCAGAGGCAAGAAACAGACAACGGAAGCUUGGAACAAAACUUCAGUGAUCGUAGCAGUUCCUUGGUGAAACUGAGUAAAGGACCACACACGUAUGCACACACACACACACACUCGCUCAUAAAAAAAACACACUGGAGAAUCAUCUUCUGGACUGACCUGGUUGAAAUGAAAAAAGGGCCAACCCAUUUACAGGUGGACCUAAAGAGUGCCAGGACUCGGCCCGGAGCCUGCAGCCUGAGCAAGCCCGUCCACAUGCCUCUCCUUCUUGUACAGCUUGCCCAAAUGCUCCCCCGACGCAUACAAGACCCUGAAAGAGACAUACUAUUUAAUAAUAAAUUAAUAUAUACUUUAACUGUAAACUCACACACACAGACAGUAACCAUUUACUGUAAGAAAGAGAUUUUUAGAAACCAAUAGAGGGCUCUGUCAAUUAACAAAACAUUGGCUGGUGUUAAUACAGCAUGAAAUUUGUGACUCUUGUUUUGGGUUUGCUGGUGGGGGAAAUAUGAGAUUGGUGGGGUAAACCCUUGUUUUUUUUUUGGUCUUGUAUUACAGAAAAGAGAACCAUUUUUAAAACUCCGGUAUAACAUGUAAUAUAUAAACAAAUGUGUACUUUGUUAAAAUUAAAGAGAAAGGUGGUUUGGGGGUUAAAACUAUUUACAUGUGAAAGACCCCCAGUUUCCCCCUCUGAUACAUCUUGUCAGCCCAAUGUAUUCGGUUCCAAAAUGGACUUGCAGGCAUUUAAGCCCUCACAUACUGUACAAGCCAAGGCUAGUGUACCUUCUGUACAACUUGAGGUCUCGAUUAUGUUUGAGAUGCUGCAGAAGAAGAGAAACGAGCCAUAACAUAAGGGGCUCUGUUCUUUUUCUAUUCCUCUUCCACACAGGGAGCGAAGGAGUGUUUUCUCAACCCCUUUCUCCCUGCAUGUCUGACACCCCAGGAGCACAAACCUGGGACUUAUAUUUUUCCUUUUCUUUUUGCGGUUCUAGAGAACAUGAAACAGUGGCUUAACACUUGUCAUUCCUAACUUUCUUUUUACCGGUCUUUUCAAAACAUUCCAUAUCAUCUGGUGAAAAAACAAACGAUAUGACUGCUGAGGGGCAAUGUUUUUAUUUACAUUUUUUAUUAAACCUCAGGUCAAUCUGUAGCAUGUGUUAAUGCUGCGUUCCUCGGAAAUGCAAGAGCUGAUGUUUGAGGCUGUCUGGUGAAGGUUAAAAGCUGAUUUGGAAUUGUCAUGUCAUUAGCUCCAUAAAGGGAAGUAGUUCUCCUAGAUUAUCAUUUUGUGUAACCAUAUCAGGCUGAAUAAAUAAAUGAAGUGUUUACUUAAAA